CACAGCCGUUGAUACAUGUGUCUUUGUGACAAGCUGAUCAUUUUGAAGAUUUCAGCAAAGUGAAGUUUGGCAUGACAACAUGAAUUCACCUUACACAGCUGUGCAGUAUUACCCAGAGUUUCCCUUUCAUCGACUCAGGGACCCUUCGUCUCGUUUGUCCUGGAGAGAGAGCUCAUUCCUCACCGCCAUGUCCCAGAAUCAGUCAGCACAGACAAGUGACUUCUUCAGCCAAGAUGUAUUCAACCAACUGUUUGAUAUGCUGGACCAAUCUGCCAUUCAUUCAGUCCAGCCCAUAGAGCUGAACUUCAGAGACGGUCCAACUGAUGGUUCUGCAGGAAACACCAUUCAGAUCAGUAUGGACUGCAUAACCAUGCAUGAGGCAGAUGAGACGCUUGCUUCACAGUACACAAACCUGGGGCUCCUGAACAGCAUGGAUCAGAACAUUCAGAACGGUGGCUCGACCUCGACCAGUCCCUACAACAAUGACCAUGCACAGAACAACGUGACAGCCCCGUCACCCUACGCCCAGCCCAGCUCCACCUUCGAUGCCCUUUCUCCCUCGCCGGCCAUCCCAUCCAACACAGACUACGCCGGGCCCCACACCUUUGAUGUGUCUUUCCAGCAGUCUAGCACAGCGAAGUCUGCCACCUGGACGUACUCAACAGACCUGAAGAAGCUAUACUGCCAGAUUGCCAAGACAUGUCCCAUUCAGAUCAAAGUCCUGACCAACCCACCACAGGGUGCAGUUAUCAGGGCCAUGCCCGUCUAUAAGAAAGCCGAGCAUGUUACCGAAGUCGUGAAGCGCUGCCCGAACCACGAGCUCAGCCGCGAGUUCAACGACGGUCAAAUAGCUCCUCCAAGCCACCUGAUCCGUGUGGAGGGAAACAACCACGCCCAGUAUGUGGAGGACUCCAUCACUGGGAGACAGAGCGUAUUAGUUCCUUAUGAACCUCCCCAGGUGGGGACAGAAUUUACCACAAUUUUGUACAACUUCAUGUGCAACUCCAGCUGCGUUGGGGGCAUGAAUAGGCGCCCCAUUCUCAUAAUCGUCACUCUGGAAACCAGAGAUGGUCAGGUAUUAGGCCGCCGUUGCUUCGAGGCCAGGAUCUGCGCCUGCCCAGGCCGAGACCGAAAGGCUGACGAGGACAGCAUCCGCAAGCAGCAUGUAACGGACGCCACAAAGAGCAGUGAGGCCUUCCGCCAGGUUUCCCAUGGCAUCCAGAUGUCCGCCAUCAAGAAGAGAAGAUCUACAGAUGAGGAGGUUUUUUGUUUGCCUAUCAAAGGCCGUGAAAUUUAUGAGAUUUUGGUAAAAAUCAAAGAGUCUCUGGAACUCAUGCAGUUUCUGCCGCAGCACACUAUAGAGUCGUACAGGCAGCAGCAGCAGAAUCUCCUUCAGAAACAGACUUCGAUGCCGUCUCAGCCCUCCUACGGCUCCUGCUCCCCAACUCAACCCGGAAAAGUCAACAAGCUGCCCUCUGUCAGCCAGCUCAUCAACCCCCAGCAGCGUAACACACUCACCCCAUCCAGCAUGACUGGAGGCCUGACUGACAUGACUCCUAUGAUGGGCACUCACAUCCCCAUGAACGACAUGAGUUCACUGAGUCCCACACACGCACUGCAGCAGCAGCUACCCCUGGUGCCUUCCUCCCACUGUACUCCCCCUCCGCCAUACCCAAUGGACAGCAGCAUCUCCAGCUUCCUUAUACGGCUGGGCUGCGCAGGCUGCUUGGACUACUUCACAGCACAAGGCCUAACCAACAUCUACCAGAUUGAGAACUAUAACAUGGAGGACCUGUCUAGGCUGAAGAUACCCGCGGAGUUCCAGCACAUCAUCUGGAAGGGCAUCAUGGAGCACCGACAGGCCAUGGAUUUUUCCCCACCCCCCCACAUAGUGCGCACCACCAGUGGGGCGUCCACCGUCAGCGUGGGCUCCUCCGAGGCCCGAGGCGAGCGCGUCAUCGACGCCGUGCGCUUCACCCUGCGCCAGACCAUCUCCUUCCCGCCGCGCGACGAGUGGUCCGACUUCUCCUUCGACCUGGAUUCUCGCCGCAACAAACAGCAGCGCAUCAAGGAGGAGGGAGAGUGAGACGACCGCCGUCUUGCUCUCUAUUUGUUCCCCUUUCUCAUUUCACGCCUGCUGUUGGAACAUUUCUGGUAUUAGUACAAACAAGUUCAACAAAAAAUCAUAUUCAAAUAGAAGUGCACUUAUUUUCAUUCUUGUUCCGGUUUUCGUUUUCGCCAAGGAGAAAUACACGGUGUUGAGCAAAGGUGCAUUUUAUUAUGUUCUAAUUUCUUGAGAGCACUUAAGAAAUGCUGAGGAUUUCAAGAUUGCUUUGAGUUUUUUAACUGUUCAUGAUUCAUUCCCAUUUUAAAGCAUGACUGGAAACAGAGCUGGCAUUAGAGGGCUUAUUAGGGCUUAUAUUUCUGCUAUGGGCCGUAGCAAAACUGUAUUUUUAUUUGUAAUGACUUUUCACUGUUAUGGUUGUGCACGUUAGUCAGGUACACUGGUUUUUAUUUGUGGCAAAGAUCAGCAUUGAUUGUAUACAUUUCAAACAUUUCCUGUCAGAAGUAUUAUGUCAAUUGAUGGGCAAUUUGUUUUUUCUGCUGUACCUUCUAUAUUUUGCUUUUUUUUAUGUCUAUUGUGAGACCAAUGCAUUGCCUUUUUGUGUCAGGUUGUGAAGUAAGUGUUGACAGAUGGUCAUUCAUUUGAUGUAGCCAUAUAUAGGCCUAAUGCUCUUGACCCAGUGUUUUACAGUAAAUAUGACUGAUGUCCUUUUGUUCUUGUACUGCUGUGCAAAAGUGGUUGUGAUUGCAUUAAGGAGCAGCUGUUUGCUCUACAGUGGAUGGUUAGCGCAAGUAUUUUUUUUAUUUUCUGUUCAUGAACCAUGUUUUGGUAGAGGUGUAUUUCAUUUGAUAACUGGCCAAAACCUGAUAUAAGUGUAUAUAAAUUUGUAUAGUUAUUUUUUUUGAAAGUCUCCCUAAAGAAAAAGCAUGAUUUUCGUCAUGGAACAAAGGAUAGUGAUGUGAAUACUGCCUGGUAGCCUGACCAGUGAUGACAAUGUUUGAGUACACACAGUUUGUGUGGACGCUACAGUAGCCAGGAGCCCAUGUUCAACUUUUUGUUAAGUAACCAGCCUUGUUAGAAAGCAGAGACCAUCUGCAGUUACAUAUUUUUGUACAAUGUAUUGUAAAUAUAUUGCAAUAUAUCAUGGGUAUUUUGAUAUAAAUCAAAUAAAUAUCCAGACUUGCUGUAUUGCAUGUUAGUACGUCUUUGUGUCAA